CCAAUAAAUUUUCAACUGCUAUUAUUAUUAAAAUAAAAUGGCAGAGGGGAUACAGAUCGAGUUUACAGCAAGCAUGGACGAUAACAGCCUUGAAGAGAGGCUUUUGGAUCGAAAAGAAGAUGGUGAUUUGAAAGCAAGAAUAUGUGAAGAAUCGAAGAAAAUAUGGAGGAUUGCCACGCCAAGUGUGAUCGCAAGAGUGAGCUCUUUCGGCACCAUCGUCGUCACGCAAUCUUUUAUCGGCCACAUCAGCGCCGUCGAUCUUGCCGGCUACGCUCUCGUCCAAACUCUAAGCGUCCGUUUCGUCAACGGCAUAUUGAUUGGGAUGUCGAGUGCAACCGAGACUCUGUGUGGGCAGGCAUUCGGGGCAAAGCAUUAUGAGAUGAUGGGAAUCUACCUGCAGCGCUCAUGGCUCAUUGAUCUCAUCACUCUCACUCUUUUCCUCCCUGUUUUCGUCUUUGGGGCGCAGAUCUUCAAACUCGUUGGCCAACAGAAAGAGAUAGCGGAAUCUGCUGGCUAUAUAUCUCUCUGCUUCAUUCCAUACGUAUACGCACUCAUCUUUAAUUUGACCAUACAGAUGUACUUGCAAGCGCAGCAGAAGAACAUGAUCGUUGCCUGGCUAUCGGGUUUGCAGUUUGUGAUCCACAUUGCUUUUUCUAAUCUUUUUGUGUAUGUUUUGGAUUUUGGAUUGGGUGGCGCUAUGGCGGCUCUAUGCGUCUCUUCUUGGUUUCUUGUUUUGGGGGAAUUUGUGUACAUUUUCGGAGGUUGGUGUCCGGAGACAUGGAGAGGUUUUAGUACAGCUGCCUUCAAGGAUAUAUGGCCAGUUGUGAAGCUCUCACUGUCAUCUGGUGUAAUGAUAUGUCUGGAGCUGUGGUACUAUGCAAUUCUGGUGUUGCUGGCUGGAUACAUGGAAAAUGCACAAGUUGCUAUAAAUGCAUUUUCCAUUAGCCUCAAUAUAGUUUCUUGGAUGUUGAUGUUCAUCAUGGGCAUUAUGGGUGCUGCAUGUGUUCGGGUUGGAAAUGAGCUAGGGAGAGGAGACGCGGGAGCGGUGAGAUUCUCAAUCAAAGUGCUAAUGGGCACCUCUACUUCGAUAGGGCUCUUGUUUUGGAUCAUCUGCUUCCUAUUCAGCACCAACAUCACAUAUCUCUUCACCGAUGAUGAGGCAGUCAUCCACACAGCCUCUCGUCUCUCACUUCUUCUUGCCUUUUCGGCCUUGUUUGCUAGCAUUUACCCGGUCCUCUCUGGUGUGGCUAUAGGAUCGGGUCUGCAAACGAAGGUGGCGGUCAUAAAUUUAGUUUGUUUCUAUGGAAUUGGACUGCCGGUAGGAGUUGUGCUUGGAUACGUGCUUCAUCUUCAAGUAGAGGGGAUAUGGUUAGGGCUUGCCUUUGGAGUUCUAACUGAGACUUGUGCCAUGAUCUACUUGGUUUGGAAAACAAAUUGGGAUAAAGAGGUGUUGAAGACUUCAGCACGUCUAAAGAGAUGGAACUUGGAAUAAUUUGAUUCUGAAAAUCAGAGUUUGUUGUGUAUGCUUUUUCAGUUGUAACUUGAAAGUUUCAUGGUUUUCAUAUUAAAAAUGUGUAAAAUCUUGAUUUCCCAUAUUAGCAAAUAACGUGUACAACGUAACA